GAACAAGGUCGGGAAAACAGGUCUGGGUGUGCUGCCGCCAUUUCUACCGCCUUCGGUCUCUGCGCCUUUCGCAGAGCUCUCCAAAGGCGCCAUGUUGGCACAGAGCGUCCGGAGGUUCACGACCUCUGUGGUCCGUAGGAGCCACUACGAGGAAGGCCCCGGGAAAAAUUUGCCAUUUUCGGUGGAAAAUAAGUGGCGGUUACUAGCUAUGAUGACUUUGUACUUUGGAUCUGGAUUUGCUGCACCUUUCUUUAUAGUAAGACACCAACUGCUUAAGAAGUAAAGAUGUUUUCAUGCAUCCAUUUAACAGAUAUGAAGAGCAUUUUAAAAGGUGUAUUCUGUUUGAAAAAUGGAUCAAACUCUUGAACUCAAUAGCAUACUGUUUGAGUUUGUAAAUAAACUUAAGAUGUGA